UUGAAGAUCAGAAAGCUUAAAGCCUGGCCUAAGGACGGAUAGAUUGACGAAUCAGCGGGAAAAUGCGUCCUUAUUGCCAUCGGAAUUAAUUUUCGCAGUCCAAAACCGGACAGAAAGAAGGUUGGAUAUUCCGGACGAGGGAUGCGCUUUGGAUAUUUACAUUUUUUUAAAUUGUGGAUUAUACCACUGAGUGGACAAACUGUGGAAUCUAAGGAGCUGGCAUUUGUUUUCAUGGUUUAUUGAAACCACAAGGUAACAGCCACACAUUUCUGAAACAGGAAGUGAGCUUUCUGUGCUGACCAUGGCCCCUCGGGGACACCUGCUCCUGGGCUGCCUGCUAUUGGCCAGCGCGCUGCCGUGCGUCCGCGCCGUCGUCUUCCCUGAGGACUCCGCCCCACUGGACUCCGUGGACCACCACUACUCCCGACGGUAUCCUGUCUUCAGGGGCCGCCCCUCGGGCAAUGAAUCUCAACACAGACUGGACUUCCAGCUGAUGGCCAAGAUCCAGGACACACUCUUCAUCGCUGGCAGAGACCAGGUCUACUUAGUGAGUCUGCGAGAAUCGUACCGGAACGAAAUCAUCCCGUACAGGAAACUGACAUGGAGGUCUCGCCAAGAGGACCGGGAGACCUGUGCCAUGAAAGGCAAACACAGAGAUGAAUGCCAUAAUUUCAUAAAAGUGCUGGCCCCCAGAAAUGACGAUCUGGUUUUCAUCUGCGGAACCAACGGAUUUAACCCCAUGUGCAGGUUCUACCGGUUGGACAACCUGGAGUUUGACGGGGAGGAAAUAAGUGGUUUGGCAAGGUGCCCAUUUGACGCCAAACAGACCAAUGUCGCCCUGUUUGCUGACGGGAAGCUGUACUCUGCUACAGUGGCAGACUUUCUGGCCAGCGAUGCCGUCAUUUACCGCAGCAUGGGAGAUGGCUCCGCCCUCAGGACCAUCAAGUACGACUCAAAAUGGCUGAAAGAACCCCACUUUCUGCACGCAGUGAAUUAUGGGAAUUACGUCUACUUCUUCUUCAGGGAAAUCGCAGCAGAGUACAACAGCCUGGGAAAGGCGGUGUAUUCCAGAGUGUCCCGCAUAUGCAAGAACGACGUGGGCGGGUCCCAGAGAGUCCUGGAGAAACACUGGACCUCGUUCGUGAAGGCCCGGCUGAACUGCUCCGUCCCCGGGGAGUCCUUCUUCUACUUCGACGUGCUGCAGUCCAUCACCGAGAUCGUCGACGUCAACGGAGUCCCCACCGUGGUGGGCGUGUUCACCACGCAGCUCAACAGCAUCCCAGGUUCUGCGGUGUGCGCGUUCUCCAUGGCGGACAUCGAAAAGGCCUUCCAGGGCCAGUUUAAGGAGCAGAAAACAGCCGACUCGGUCUGGACGGCUUUCCCCGAACACAAGCUGCCAAAACCCAGGCCCGGCUGCUGUGCAGGACAUGGUCCCGCAGAGGGGUACAAAACCUCCAUCGAGUUCCCCGACGAAACGCUGCAAUUCAUCAAGUCCCACCCCCUGAUGGAUGCCGCUGUUCCCUCGGUCAACGACGAGCCCUGGUUCACAAAGACCCGCGUGCGGUACAGGCUGACGGCGGUAGCAGUGGACAACUCGGCCGGCCCGUACCAGAACUACACGGUGCUUUUCAUCGGCUCCGAAGCAGGCGUCGUCCUGAAGGUGCUGGCCAAGACUUCCCAGCAUUCCCUGAACGACAGCGUCUUGCUGGAGGAGAUCGACGUCUUCAACCGGGCCAAGUGUGCCUCGAGCAGCGAGGAGGACAGACGCGUGCUGUCACUGCACCUGGACACAGAGACGCACGGCCUGUACGUGGCCUUCUCCAGCUGCGUCAUCAGGAUGCCUCUCAGCCGCUGCCAACGCCACACCUCCUGCCACAAGUCCUGCAUCGCGUCGCGGGAUCCCUACUGCGGCUGGAUGCCACACCGGUCCUGCGAGAAGAUCCCGGCCGGCCAGCUAACCGGCUACGAACAGGACGUGGAGUACGGAAACACCGCUCGGCUGGGCGACUGUCACGAAUUUUUGGCAGCUACAUCUACGCCAGAUUACAAAUCAUUUGGCGACCCAACGUCUGACAUGGAGUUGUCGUCAGCGUCAGUCACAACGGUGACGACCGUCCCCGUAGCAACAACCCAAAUCACUACCGCUCAGACACCUGAAAUUAACAGUUCAAGGGAAUUUGUGCCCCGAGACGUCCCCACCAUCACUGCCCAGUCUUCUGGGGCCUUACCUGGUGUGCCUCAGGGUGUGUGGGAGGUGCAGUCGGGCGAGUCCAACCAGAUGGUCCACAUGAACGUUCUGAUCACCUGCGUUUUCGCCGCCUUCCUCCUGGGGGCCAUGAUCGCGGGGAUGACGGUGUACUGCUACCGGGACGCCUUCCUACAGAAGCCCAGGAGGAUCCAUAAGGACGGCGAGUCGGCGCAGUCCUGCACGGACUCCGCCGGAAGCUUCGCCAAGCUCAACGGCCUCUUCGACAGCCCGGUGAAGGACUACCAGCAGAGCAUGGACUCGCCCAAGCUCUACACCAACCUGCUCAACUCCGGCAAGGACCCGCUGUCCGGCUCGGACACCAAGGCCAUGAUGCUGGUGGGCCAGCCGCCGGAGCUGUCGGCCCUGCCCACCCCGGAGUCCACGCCCGUCCUGCAGCAGAAGAGCCUGCAGCCGAUCAGGAGCCAGUGGGAGAAGGCCCAGGGCAAGGUGCUGCCGUCUCGCCGGGACUCGUCGCCCAAAAGCCCGCAGUACUUUCCCUCCAGCCCGCCCCCGCACUCGCCCCUGGGCCACGGCCACAUCCCCAGCGCGGUGGUGCUGCCCAACGCCACGCACGACUACCGCGCCUCCUUCUCCAGCGGCAGCGACGCCUCGCGGGGCGAGCGCAAGCCGCAGAACGCCGAGCUCCCGGCCGGCUCCAGGCCCGGCAGGAAGGAGCACCGGCGGGCGGUGGAGACCCGCAACACCCUCAACGACCUCCUCAAGCACCUCACGGACGGCAGCGGGGGAGCGGGAGGUGGAGGUGGAGGAGGAGGAGGAGGAGGAGGAGGAGGAGGGGGCGGCGGGCACAAGGCCAUCCUGGUGGACCCGCCCAGCUCCCCCCGCCCGAACAUGAUGCUGGACCCCAUGAUGGGCUUGGAGGUCCCGCCUAAAGUGCCCAGCCGGGAGGCCUCGCUGUACUCGCCCUCCUCCUCGCUGCCCAGAAACAGCCCCACCAAGCGGGUGGACGUGCCCACCACCCCCACCUCGCCCCCGGGGCAGACUGACACGCUGGAGCGGCAGAGGGGCUACCAGCGCGCCUCCCAGAGGCACUCCAUAUCCGCCCUCCCCAAAAACUUCAGCUCCCCCAACGGGGUGGGGGUGGCCGUGUCGCGGCAGCCCAGCAUGAACAGAGGGGGCUACAUGCCCCCCACGCCCCCCUCCAGACUGGACUCGCACGGGGUGCCCCGGGGCAUGCACCCCCAGCCCUCCCUGUCCCGACAGAGCAGCUACAGCGGCCACGGGUCCCUGCCGCGCACGGGCGUCAGGAGGACGCCCUCGCUAAAGCCCGACGUCCCGCCCAAACCCAACGGGUUCGUCCCACAGACCGCCCAGAUCAGGGUCGUGAACAAGUACAGCUACUGAGAGGGCGACGGGGCGCUUAGUCAAAAUGGACUCCGGCCGUUAGCGGCCAAAGGGACUCCAGCCCCGAGGCCUGGAGGAUCCCCUGACCCCAGACCCACAUUCUAAGGAGAGGUUGGGGGGGAGGGGGAAUAUACAAGUGGCCAAAGAAGGAAAGACACUGUGGGAUCCAUCUAGUUUUCAUUUCAUUUUCUUGUCUUUCAAAAUUUUGAGUCGGGAGUUCUCUCCCACUUGGGAGGCCCCAAGAGGGACGCAACAAAAAAAAAAGCACGGAGGAGCUCCACUGCUUGGGUUUUCAAAAUGGCCGCUGUCGCUCUGGGAACAGAGAGAGCCGCUGGCUGAGAAUACUUGAAGAAUGGGUACCUUUUAUUCACUGCCACUGAGUGUCGUCUUCCCAGUAAAUGUGAACACAACAAAAAUUGUAUGCAUUUGACUCACCAUUUCAAGGAACAAAAAAAAGGGUUUCAGCCUUCCAAUGGCGAUGAGCCAGAUGUGGAAUGGGAAACACAUGGCUCUGAUAUCCACAAACCAAAAUGACGACCGUCAUCUGGCCGACUGUAGCAGAGACGCUGUGUUCGGGGCAGAGAGUCUGUCCUGUGUGGAACACAGGCACAGACCAAUAGGAAGCAGGCACACUGUCUGUCUGUGUGAGUUCACUUACGGUAACUUUCCGAGGUGCAUUUAAACUCUGUUUAAUGGACUCAGACCUUGGAUCUUCACUGAAGAUGAGCAAUGUCCCCUUGGAGUACAGUUUCGUCUCACUGGAAACUUUCCUGAAUGUUUUUUGCUGCUACCGGUUUAAACAGGGGAGGGAAAAUAACUAAGAGGUGGUUUUGUGCAUUUAGGACACAAGUAGCAUUGCGUUCGUGUAGCUCUGGUGGGUUUCUUUAAGGUGAGUGGUACGUAACUGGUGCACGUCUGGUUUUGAGGGAGUUAUUGCUGGACCAGGUGGUACUAGGGCAUGCUUGCAACCCACUCCCCCCCCCCCCCCACCCCUCCAAAAAAACAAAAGGCUUAGAAAGGAGUCUGUGAACCGCAGACGUCGUAUCUGUUAUGACGGCGUUUGGGUCCACCUGUCCUUCCCGUUCCUGGAAGCUAAAAGUCCAGCUACAUUCACAGUGAUUUCAGUCUAUGGCAGAGCAGGUCUGAGUUCUCAUUUCACCCUCUGUCCUGCAACUUUCAGCCCCUUUGAGAGAGGAUUAAUAGUGCAAUUAUUCCGAACAAAAAUUAACCAAUGUGUUCUGAAUGGUCAUGCUGGUAAUGACAGUGUGUUGAGUGCAUAUUAUGAAAUGUAUAAAUAUUUUUUAGGCGAGUUUAACGGAAUCAGUGCAUCGUGUGCCUUAUUCAGUGAACGAUGGUUAUACAAAAUACAAAUAAAAAUAAGUCUUGGGAAAAUGUCCACUGUUCUUUGAGCAUUACGCAUUUGGUGUGUAGGCCACCCCACUGGGCACACUGUGCGUUCCAAAAAAAGUUGGCUGGAACAGAGAGGCAACCUGCUGACCAAACAUUCCACCGCAGGGAAAACCUGACCUGAACCUUAAACCGAGGCAAGCCUCACCUGAACAGCGUAACAUCUGCUGUCUGGCCGGCCUCCUCUCCUUUGCUUCGAAAUAAUACAGGCUUCCAUCCUUCUCCACUCUGCAGACUUCCACCGGGUUCCUCGUCACCAUGGCGAGGUGCUGUGCUACUAGGGUGCCAUAACACGGUCCUAUCCAUUUCAGAGCUACUGGAGCCAAGCCCAGUCGACUGAGAACACAGCAGCUGUCCAUUCUAACAUAUAUAAAUGUAAAAACAACAACACCUCAAAUAAUAAAACAACAGAAAAAAAAACAAGCCAAUUUAAGUAUCGAUAACGUAAUUCAGUCACGCAGCCAAUUUGUUUUUAAAGGACAGCUGGACCUUGGCAGGUAUUAAUGGACAUCGACGAGCAGCGCAUUACGUUAGUUCUGGCCAGGAAAAGGAAUGCCUUCUGACCGUAGUCAAUUUUCCGCAAGGACUUUCAAACACUAAAACGUUUUUACAGCUGUUGCAUUGGAACUAUAUUGUUCUCUCCUAGUCUGCACACAUUUGGGCAAUUCCUUCAUCCCAUUUCAUUGUACAAUUUCACCAAUACGUUGGCUCCCAACAAGCGAACCCAACGUUAUUCUGUUUACAAGAAAUGUAUGUAUUCAAACAAUUGCCUAUUCAUCAAGUUGGAUGUCUCUACCUGCUAAUAACCUUUUUUUUGUUUUGCAAUAACAUGUGAACUGUCCAUGUGUUUGAAGCUUGGAGGUCUGUAAUGUCAAGCUGCCUUGUAUAUUGCAAUAUGACGUCAAGUCUUUGUGUUGCAGUUUGACUUCCUCAAGCCUUUCCAGUGCGAUUAAAUCAGAAUCGUUGACUUUUCUUUUUACUACUACAUGCAAAACCGUUGGCUGAAAUGCAGUUGUGUGUUUUACAGGACUAUUUUAACGUGUAGAUAAUGUUGUAAACAUGUACUGUGAAUGUGUAAAUAAUUAUGUUCAUUGUUUUUUAGAGUUUUUUUUAAACACAGCAUGUAUAGUUGAAAUAAAACAUUACUGCGCAGAAAAUGAA